GCAGCCACAGCCGCUGCGGCCCGGGCAGCCUCCGCCGCGGUCGCCGCCUCUGAUGCGCCUGCCCUCUCCCGGCUCCGCGUUCCGGGAGGAUGUGGGUCCUCGGCAUCGCAGCAACUUUUUGCGGAUUGUUCUUGCUUCAAGGCUUUGCGCUGCAAAUCCAGUGUUAUCAGUGUGAAGAAUUCCAGCUGAACAACGACUGCUCCUCCCCCGAGUUCAUCGUGAAUUGCACGGUCAAUGUUCAAGACAUGUGUCAGAAAGAAGUGAUGGAGCAAAGUGCAGGCAUCAUGUACCGCAAGUCGUGUGCAUCAUCGGCAGCCUGCCUCAUCGCCUCGGCCGGGUACCAAUCCUUCUGCUCCCCUGGGAAACUGAACUCAGUGUGCAUCAGCUGCUGUAACACCCCUCUUUGCAACGGGCCCCGGCCCAAGAAACGGAGCAGUUCUGCCUUGGCCCUUCGGCCUGGGCUCCCCACCACCAUCCUGCUCCUCCAGUUAGCCCUCCUCUUGGCUCACUGCUGAAGUUGAAGGAGAUGCUCACCCUUCCUGCAUUGUUCUUCUGGCCCUUCACUCCCUCUGCUCCCCAAGCUUCUCCUGUGUGUCCUUUUAUUCUGGGUGGGGAGGGGCGGGGUC